AUGAACCCCCUUACACCCCCUCCUGUGCCAGGCAAGCCUAUGUUAGUUUUACCGGAAACGACAGGUCAUUCCAAACCUCCGACGGUAGAUGCGCUCGUGGAAAUCCGGAGCAGUCAUCACGAGGAACUGCGAGCCAUUGCACACGGAGUACUCGGACGAGAUUGCCUUCGCAUGGAAUCUGGACAGAUAUCCGAAUACUCUCCCGUCGUCAAUCUCACGCCUCUUCAAAUCGUAGUGCCUCAUGAGACUAAGAUGACUCAUGCCGUGCCGGAGAAUCGCCGUGGCCAGCAUUAUACAAGAAAGCGAGUAGACGUCGCCUGUCCAAGGGAGCGAGUAUGGAGAUUACAUUGCCACUACUGUGUUACAUCCAUGUUACAUCAGCUAUGGCCGCUGAGUGACCGAUACGUCGAAACGCACGGCUGUAUUGCUGAUACCCAAGGUAAGCUCGGGCAACAUGGUAUCUUCAAGGACCCUGGUACUUCGCUCACUGCUCACUUGAUCUGGUCCAUCAUUCGAAUCAGCAACUCCAUCUCAUGGUCUACCACUGCCUUGGGACACUUGAAACUCUAA